UGGGAGGCAGUCAUUCGACUUUCUUAGAGGAAGUAUCUUUCUAAAUAUGCGGGUGGUGGUGAUUGGAGCCGGGAGCGCAGGUCUUGCUGCUCUGAGACAUUGUGCAGAGGAUCUGAAGAGAUCGAAGGAGAAUGAAAAAAUUGAAGAUGGAAGAGUUAGUGAUGUUGUUUGUUAUGAGAGAUGCGAUAAAAUUGGGGGCACGUGGGUUUAUACGGAGGAGACUGGGAUUGACAAGUACGGGCUGCCUAUUCAUUCCAGCAUGUAUGACAGUCUGAGAACUAAUUUACCUAAAGAAGUUAUGGGAUAUCCAGACUUCCAAUAUGACGUAGAAACCAGUAAAAGUUAUCUGACGCGUACAGAAAUCCUGGAAUUCUUGGAGCGAUACUGCGAUCACUUCCGAGUUCGUCAAUACAUACAUUUUCUCCAUAAUGUGGAGCUAGUAGAGCCCACUCUUAGAGGGGAAAACGCAAAGAAAUGGAAGGUGACGGUCAAGAAUCUCAAAGAUGGAUCGACGAGGACAGAACAUUUCGAUGCCGUUAUGGUCUGCAAUGGCCAUUAUUUUCAACCAUAUCUACCAGUCAUUGAAGGCCGGAAGGAGUUCAAGGGAAAACAGCUGCACAGCCAUGAUUAUCGAGUUCCUGAGGUUUUUGCGGAUAAAACUGUCGUUGUUGUAGGCGCAGGGCCAUCAGGAAUGGAUCUGACACUGGAGAUUUCGAAGAAAGCACGAAAAGUUAUUUUAAGUCAUCACAAUCGAAGUCCCAUUGCCACAGUUUUUCCAGAAAACGUAUAUCAGCUUCCCGACAUUAAAAAACUCACCGAAAAAGAAGUCGAAUUCACGAACAAUACUCGAGAAGAAGCUGAUGUUAUAUUUUACUGCACUGGGUACAAGUACAGUUUCCCAUUCCUGUCACCGCGAUGUGGGGUCAGGGUCGAUGAUAACAUGGUGACACCCCUAUGGAAACAUUUGAUAUCGACAGAAAACCCAACAUUAGCUCUUAUUGGUCUGCCGUUUUAUGUUUGUGCAUUCAGUAUGUUUGACUUACAAGUGAGAUUUGUUCUCAAAUAUUGGACCGGGAAAAAGACUCUUCCGAGUAAAGAAAUAAUGCUUGCUGAAGAGACUCAAGAAUUCGAAAAAAAGAAGAAACAAGGCCUGGAGAAACGUCAUUUCCACAUGAUGGGGCCUGAGCAGGGGCCUUAUUUCGACGAUUUAGCGAACACUGCUGGACUCACUCCCCUCCCCCCUGUUCUCGCGAAACUCCACAACGAGAGUAGCAUGCGUUUCCUAGAUGAUCUGGUACACUAUCGAGAGGAUCGAUAUAAAAUAUUAGAUGACUUCAACUUUGUCCAAUUGUAAUCGACAUUUAUAUCCGAAGAUUCAAACCAAUAAACCGUGACAAUAUCAAUA